AUGGCUGAGACGCAACAUGACACAAGCGAAGUUGUAGAUAGUGGCAAGGAUCCAUCUCACUUCUUUGGGCAAGUGUGGGCGGGCUUGUUCGGUGCACGACCAGUUGCGGGCUUCACCGAAAACGAGGUCGCCAGUUUCGAUGGGACACAGAGGCUCGCCGAGGUUGAGCAAAUUGAAGUUCCGGGAACAUGGCUGGUACGCCUCAACGCCAUCGAAAGUUAUGAAUUUAAGAAGAAACAUAUUGGCACCGGGGUUUCGCAGGUCCGAAAUGAGAAGAAUACGUUCUUGAGUAGCAUUGAUCUCGUCAAGGGGUGCUUCAAGAUCGUCUUCGGCAUGCUGCACUAA